CGGCUCCGACGUCGAAUACCCAGGAAACGGACGUUCUAUCGAUCGCCUCGCUUUCACAUUGAUUUCGCGGUCAUUUUUUUGAUGCAUCACAUCGUUACUAAUCGUAUGUCGGGUCGACGUGAGACGUGUCUAUGCUUUCAUAUCCACGCAGGCAGUGCGGGAAAUACACUGAGCUCAAACACAGCGUACACGUGUAACCUUAACGUGUAACGUUAGGCAAGUUUUACAUGAAAGACUCUCUGAUCAUAACGAUGCGCCGCCCACGAUCAUCCACAUCUGACGUCACUUUUAGUCCCCGCGGGAAGCGAGUCGUGAGAGGUGCUGAUGGCGGCGAAGCGGGGAUGCUGUCAUGACGUCUCUCCUCUGGAUGCUGGCGUUGCUGCCUCCGGCCCUAACAGGUCAGCGCCCAGGCGAGAGUUUGAAAAACCAAAGUGUAAAAGCAGUGAGUGAGCUCCCAAAGCCCGUCAAUGACAUCAUAACCUCGAGCCACUUCACUCACAUGCUGACAUGGGAGCCUGGACCGGGAUCACCACCGGGAGUCUGCUACAAUGUCACAGUGCGCACAUCAACGGGGACGUCCUGGGUGCCAGUGGUCGGCUGUCAGCAUGUGCAGCAUCCACUGGUGUGCAACCUGACAGAGGCCUUCUCUGAGCGCUACAAGGUGUACCGUAGCAGGGUCACAGCACUGUUGGAUGCACAGGAAUCACAACCAGUCAUCCAACGGGAAUUUAAACCCAUCAGAGAUACUCUCCUGGAUCUGCCGCUGCUGACUGUGACACCGUGUGGCCCAGAUAUGUGCGUGGAACUCCAGCCGCCCGUGGAGCGCCUGAGGGACAUCUAUGAUUCUCUCCAAUACAAACUUCUUAUGAGCAACGAUGCAGACAAGUUCCAGGUCGUUCAGCAGACCACGUCUUUGAGAAGACGCAUUUUUAAGAACUUGGCCUCGGGCAAAUGGUACUGUGUGUCGGUGUGCUUCUCACCAGGUGUGGUGCAGCGGGAGUCCAACUACAGCCGGCCUGUUUGUGCUUCUACGCCCGGCCACUACACAGCAGACCCCUGGAUAUCAUCAGCGUUGUGCGUGUUGGUGGUGUUGGUUGUGGUCUCUGGGGCCCUGUGGGUCUAUACUCGCUCCACCUGUCGGAUCGACCUGCCAUCGGUCCUGAAAUCCAUCCGUCACCUUCAAGAGGCUCUAGUCAUUCCAUCCUACAGCAAGUCGUGCAUCCUGAAUGUUGAACCAACUUCGCCCUCUUCAGGUGACAAGAGGAACAGCCAGACAUCCGAUGAGAGCGACGGGGAAAGUGUCACUGGAAGCACUGCUGGGAGCAGUGGAGGACAGUACAAAAUGCGACUGGGCAAUAACCUCCUCUCUUCCUCCUCGGCUUCAUCUUCAUCGUCUUUGUUAGAUCUUUCAUCCCCGGAGCCCAAUCCCUUGACUUCCAUUGGUGGACAGAGUCCACACACAGCCCGCCCCUCUGAUUCUGUACCCACAUCACAAACAGUCAGUGGCUCUGAAGGACUAAUCCCAGCAGACGAGGAGGACAGGAAGUUGGUGGGAGAGGUGGGCGACCAUGAUGUGGACCUGGACACGUUAACCCUCGGCAGGCUCGUAGAGAAAGUGGAGCAGGUGGAGAAACUCCAUCAUGACUGGGAGGUGACGGAGUCAGAGGUUUGCAAUCCCAUUUCAGCCCUGCCCUCACUCACAAGAGGCACCAAGGAAGUUGCCAUAGGAACCGUUUUCUGCCCUUUAGAUGAUGAUGAAGAGGAGGAGGAGGAGGGAGAAGAGUACGACAACGACGAGCAGUUUGGAUAUAUGCGGCGUCCAUGGAGGGGCUUCUGGGGAAACAGAAACUCAGCUGUGCACACGGUAGCAGCGUUGGUUUACCAACCCCCAUCUGCCCCAGACAGCCUCACCUUCAGCAUCAAGCCGUAGAACAUCCAUGGAGACACGAUGGGAUUGUGGAGGCUUCUUCUGCAUUUACACCUCGCGCUGUGUGUUUCCCUCCCUGCUCCUUCCAACGUCUCCAUCUCCUCCUUCAACCUGGAGCACACACUCCGCUUCCUGCCCGGCCUCGAGACCCCGCCGGACGCCCGCUUCACUGUUCACAUCCUUCGCCUCAGGAGGAAAACGUGGAGACCAGUGACGGCGUGUUUGGAGCUGAGGGCCGGACAGACGUGUGACCUGACCUACGUGUUCAAGGACCUGUCGGACCCCUGCAGGGCCCGCGUCCAAGCCUUCACUUCCACCCAGACGUCCAACUGGGCUGUUUCCGAGCGCUUCACGCCUCUGUCCGACACUGUGUUGGGACCACCUGAUGUGUCGUUGUCUGGCUGUGGGAACUGUUUGCUCCUGCACAUCACACUUCCUAUGAAGGCACCGAAGCAGCUAAAACAGCUGUAUAGGAGAGUUGUCCUCCAUGUCCGGAGGUCCAGGGAUGGUGCUCAGUUCGAUCUGAGUCUGACUUACAACGAGGAAAACAAGAUCUCCUACCUGCAGCAAGGUGUGGAGUACUGCGUGAGCGUCUCUGUGACGUCACUCACCAACUACAACUGCGUGGCGAGUCCACCUCGCUGUGCCUUCACCAGCCCCCCUCGGCCCACCAGCUCACCGCACAUCCUCCACAGCCUGCUGGCCGCGCUCUGCGCGUCGGCGUUUCUCCUCGUUGGACUGCUCGUCUGCGCCAGUCGGUUGUCCUUUAGCAUACGGAGACAAUCGCUGCAGAGAACUCUGUCACAUGUGCUCCAGUGGAGGAAGGGCAGAACGGCCCCCGCUGCAGCCUCAGAUGGGAUGUCCUCCCUGCAGCAGCACAGGGAGGACUCUGCUGACUGCCUGCUGCCGGCCCCCCCCAGCAGCUGCCCCAACGCUGUGCAAUGGCACUGAAAUCCAAUGUGCAAGUGGACGUGUUUGGAAUGGGGAGUUGAUUUGUUUGGGGGUAAAUUGUGGUUUACUAUCAGUAAAAUGCUUUUGUAAAUUGUUAUAAUUCUGUUUCCAUGCCAACACAAUGAAUUCUUUCUUCUGAUUUAA